ACUUAGAGAUCACAUUUAUAUUUCGAAGGAGAUAAGGGAAUCGCAAAGAAAGUAUUAUGAAAGUUUGGUGAAAAGAACGUGUAAGCCCUGUUUCCGUUUCUAUACUAAUACAUAAUAAUACACAUACAUGUAGGGAUAUAUAGUAUGUAUAUGCAUACACUCAUUCUUAUGGAUACAAUAUUCAAUAUUCAAUAAUUGAUUUUGCUGUUUUCGUUCAUACAUGCUUCACACAGUCAUUAGUAUCUAUCCAUAAUCCUUCUUAUCCGCGCGGCUGGGCGGCGUCAUUUCUAUUUCUCAUAGCUACAAUUGUGUUGUAUGUAUUUCCUUACCUUUUCUGAAUCAUUCAAUCUCCAAAUUUCUUAAAAUAUCUACUUGAUAAUUAUCCAUUUUUCAUCCAAUCUGACCUUCUCUUCUAUCUCUCUCUAGCUUUCCUAUCUUGAGAUUUUGUCAUUCGCAGUAUGGCACCCUUGGCUCCGAUCUUCAAGAAAGCAUACUUUUCUAUUUUCUUUGGAAUUUUCUUCUACGCUUUAGCAUUGAUUGCCUUGACAAAUCCAUGGCUGCAAAGACAGUAAGUCAUGCAUUCUGCUUUAACAAUGAAUAUAUCGUUUUGCUCAUACCUAAAGUGUUAUGUAUGUGCAUAAAUUGCGUUUGCCACAAGCCUGGGCAACGGAUAUAGACAAGCCAGAAAGGUUCGGCUUCGCUAGUCAGUAACAUCAGCCAUAUACAUACAUAUCCUCCAUUGCUCAAAAUCUGUAGAGAAUCAGGUAUCACCAUUCAAUUUCAGUACUCCAGAUGGCGAGACCCUCUACGCUUGGCACAUAAUGCCACUUGGGCUUUAUGCUAAGCAUGAACCCGAGAUAUUGGAGCAACCUUCGGGAUUUGUCGAUGAUAUAACCCUUACGAAAGGAUUCGAAUUGCUGAAAGAUGACCCGGAUGCUCGGCUGAUUAUCAAUUGUGAGUCUUUCCCUGAAUCAUCUCUUUACCACACGCUGAUGAUAAAAGUUCAUGGGGUACGGAUAGUUUCCCCUUUUUAUAUUUGAUGCCAUUAGCUGAUUGUCCCACAGACUUUUGGGAACGUGGCUCAAGGAGAACGAACGGGUUCAUAUCGGGCGAUACCUGAUGGAAGCACCUCAAACAUUCACAUAUUAGCCAUUGACUAUCGAGGGUUUGGUCGCUCAACUGGCUUCCCCACCGAAGAAGGUCUCAUUACUGAUGGCAUUGCGGCAGUCGAUUGGGCUAUGAAAGUCGCCAAAGUUCCAUCUUCUCGAAUUGUUGUUCUAGGACAGAGUUUAGGAACAGCAGUUGCAUGUGGAGUGAUAGAACAUUUUUCAUUGCAAGGGAUCGAAUUUGCAGGUGUUGUACUUGUAGCAGGCUUUACAGAUGUUUCAAACUUACUCACCAGUUACUCUAUUGCGGGUUGGAUCCCACUACUCUCACCAUUGCGACCGUAUCCCGCGUUACAAAAACUCUUCAUUAGCUAUCUGAAUGACAAAUGGCCUUCUACCUCACGACUUACGAACUUUGUCAAGAUCAGCAAGCGGGUACGAUUAUUCAUAAUUCAUGCUUUGGAUGAUUACGAGAUCCCAUGGUAUCAUUCCCAAGGGCUAUUCGCGGCAGCGGCGAACGGUACUAUGGAUAGUGGAAUAGAUAUGGAGUUAUUAGAGAAGAUGAAAGCGCGAAAUACAAUUAACAUGGGUGAUGGAGCUUUCAUUUCGACCUGGAAGACUGGGAAUGAUAAAAUUAUUCGACAAGAAGUUGUUGGUCAUGGCGGUAAGUAUUUACAGGUCACCAGUAAUAGAUAGAUGUUAAGCUUUUCCUAACUCAUUUCUAGCUCAUAGCACGGUUCUAACUUAUGCGCCUCUAUCUUUAGCAGUGGUAAGCUCAAUGACAUAUCGUGCUCCUUAAUGUUUCAAUGCACAUAUCCUACCUCUUUAACCAUAAGAAAUCCCUGAUGUUCUUUGUUUGGAAUUUUCAACGAAUGCUCCUUACUUACCCCUUGAAUCUAAAACCUUUUGUAUACAUGCCAUUGCAUUACUGACUCCUCAAUGUUAUAGUUUAAGGCAUUUGGCUUUGACAACGGAGGGGUACUACCAUGAUCAGCAAAUCCAUGAUAGUAGAAGCAUAGGCAAUAAAAAAUGUGAGUAAUGGACACAGAUUUGUUGUAUUUAUAUGGCAUAAAAGGUAUCGAAGGUAUAUGAGCUGGAAUCUUGUCGAUUGAUUGUUCAUCCUGGAAUAAAGCACAUAUGUCGAAGCACAGCUUUUUAUUUUGCAUCGCUCAGUUAUUCAAUAUAGACAUUGUACUCUAUAAAUAAUGCUUUUUAUUC